CAAAAAAGCGCGUAUUUACCGGCGAAAACUACCGGCGGCGAUUUUGCCGUCGGUAGAUAACGGCGGCAAGGCGGCGGCAUUGCAGGCGACCCGAAAUUUCGAAAUUACCGGCCAGUUACCGACGGCAAACUCGCCGCCGGUAUGUAACGGCGGCGUCGCCGUCGUUAAUGUUAAAAUACGCAUUAUUUAAUUAAAUUUAUAGACUUAGCGGCGGCAAAAUCCCCGCCGCUAUAUAGCGGCGGCAUUUGCCGUCGGUAACCUUUAAAAUAUAGGGCAGCGGGUUUGCCCAUUUUUUCAGUAUCUGCGCCGCAACCAACCCCCCCACGCGAACAGAAACUACCCCCCCAGCCCCUCCCCUGCUGCUGCUGCUCUUCCUUCGCCGCCGCCUCCGCCGCCGCCGACCGCCGCCGACCGCCGCCGACCCAGCAGUUCGACGACCUCGUUUCACCGCCUUCUUCACGACACCCACCGGAAACCACCACCGCAUCAUGUCUACCUCUCGAGGUUUGUUGGGAUUUGGGAGGCAAUCUGGCGUUAAUGCGCCAGAAGCUACAGCAGAUACAUCUGAUGGGUCUGGGACGCAUAUUUCUGGGACUCCCGAGACUCCCAAUGCUUCUAGUAGUUCACGGGCUAGAAGGCCUAGGGGCCCUACAGCUGCCGCUAUCAGAGAGAGAGAGGUUAAGGCACCUGAUGGGAGGACGGUAUUUCAGAGGCAUCCUGAGACUGGUGUUUUGUUGGAGCCCACUGGCCUGUCCAAAGCUUGCACGUGCACAUUUAAGAUGUUUGAAAACACAGGCGGGUACACAUGGAAGUUGACGCCCCCGGCGAUGAAGGAUAAAUUUUUUGAUGAAUUACAGAAAGAGUUUACGUGGAAGCCCGAGGAUGAGCAUGACGUGAGGAUCAUGUGGGAGACAAAAGCCCGCAAAAGGUACUCCGACAUGAUGAGCGACUACAAGUCAACUCUCAAGCAGUGUAUCAGCCAAGGGAGAGAGAUGUCUAGGCCCGUCUGGAUGACUCCCGAUUUCUGGACUGGACUCCGGGAUUACUGGCAUCAGCCCGAGGUUGAGGCUGUUUCAACUCGAGCUCGUGCCAACCGGAUGUCCGAGCCCGAUGGGGAGGGUACAGGGAUCAGUAGGCACGUGGGCGGGUCCCAGUCGACUCGUAUCCUGCAGCAGUAUAUGAGCUUGGAUCCUGGUACUCCCCAGGAUGCACCGAACUAUGCCACCUUCCUCCGCCUCCACACGUACGCCGACGGAAGUUAUACGUCGGAGAGAGAUGCUAGAAUUGACGCCGAGGUUCAUCGACUGGCCGCUGCCACAGGACGACAGGAGCGGCUAGACGAGGUGUAUUUGGAGGUGGUGCAAAUUGAUAGGUCACGGAUCUACGGCGUCGGGAGUGCCGGGCAGAGUCAGGCUAGUAGGGGGUCUAUCCGCAGCACGGGCACUUCUGCGGUGUCUCAGCAGCUUUAUGAGACACGGAUCUCCACGCUGGAGGAGCGAUUGGCGGCAGAGCAAGCACAACGCCAACAGAUAGAGGAGCGCAUGGCGGCAGAGCAAGCAGAACGCCAACAGAUGCAGGACCGCGUGGCUCAAUUGGAGGCGUUUAUGAUGAUGUAUAAGGCUCCGCCACCUCCACACCCUGAUGCCGAUGAUGAUGAUGAUGAUGAUGCUUAGACUUAUGUUUAUGUUUUCAAACAAAAUUACAUUUGCACUUUCUUUUCAAAUUUAUGUUUUAUUGAACUAUAUAUUUCAAGUGCUUUAAUUAUUAAAACUAUAAAUGUUUUAUAUA